AUGAAGACGAAUACCAGGCUACAGUCUAAAUUGAAAAAACCUACCUCUGUGAAAACGAAUAAAGCCAAUAAUAGGUAUAUUCACCUACAAGCAGAUGAUUCUGAAGACAACACUGUUACGCAGGAAGAAAUACUAUCAGAUGUUCAAAACAAACUAUCCAGUGAACAAUCCAAGAAUAAUAAGCUAGGUGAAAUCAUUGUAAAAUUAAAAGAGAAAACCGGAAAACUAUCUAAUGAGCUUUUGAAUAAGGAUAAAACCAUUAACCAUCUAAAAGAUCUGAUAGAAAAGUUAAAAUCUGAGCCAAAGAUAUUAUCGGAGCGUGGAAUGCAAACCGACACUGGACAAGACUGA